GUAAUAAUUUUAUUUUAUUUAUUGUUUUUACCACAAGAGGGUGGUAUAGCCUCCCAAGAGCCAGUCAGGCUGGUUCUUAAUGUCCAGUAACUGAUCUUGUAAGGAAGGACUGCUGUUGCAUGGGAAUUAACCACAUGCACACUAUGUUUUGAUGUAGGUAAUUUUAUCAAAUUGGCAAAACAUUUUGUAGGACACUAGAAUUUAAGUCUGGUGUGAGUCAUGCACGGCAGAGAUUCUGAAAGAAAACUGAAAGGCUAGGACUCUCUUGUCAUGGAUGAAGACAACUUGGUCCCAUUCUGUCUCUUUGAAUGUCUUUAAUGUCAAAGACUUUGUCGCUUUAAUCUAUUGGGUUUAAAUAUAGCCUCAAUUGUGUCUUCACUAAUUUUGUCCCGAGUUGGGAUGUAUUGCUUUUUUUGUGAGGACAUUUCAGCAUGCAGCUCUACAUGGCUGCCUGGGCACUCAUGUUCAUCAGUGGUUCACAACCAUUGGCUUUAGAUCCAUGUGGGUCAACACUGGCUAUUGUGUGAAAAAAACAUAUUAGUUAAUACUAAUAUCUCCAUGGAGUCAAAAUCAAAGGCUAUGACCUGACAGAUGUAAUUUGUGAUUUAUUCAGACUGCAGAGGUCCACUUAUUAUUUACCAUCCUGAUACUGCCAAGGAAAUUCCAUAGACUCCAGCAGUCUUCACUAGUACUUCCCAUGAAGCCACAGCAACUCCAUAUUCACACAAUUCAUCUAUUCAACUGCACUGAACAUUUGCAAAGCUCAUAGCGAAUCAGAAACACUACAGACAAGGCUGACGUCAGUCUCUCUACGUCACUCCAUUGCAAACAGACUUAUGUUGCAUGUAAAAUAAGAGUGUUCGCGUGUUUAUGGCAUAGGAGGGGGUGUUUUAAGUAUCCAUCCCAGAACGGACCCACCAGUGGUGCACUGAGUGACAGAGAGAUAGAACAUAGAGUUGUGUUUCAGUGACAGAGCUGAAUCUACAGCUGACAAGAAGAACAGAGAGCUCUGCACCUCAUCAGCACUUCUAGUAACAAUGGAAGUAGUUCUUACCAGACUGAGAGAUUUCUCCUGUAAAGAAACUUCUUUCGAUCACUGUAAAGCAGCAGUAAUGUGCAGGGAGCAUCCCUCAUCCCAGGAAGUGCGCAGGGGGAAGUGUAUGGCUGGAGAGGGGGACAUUGAGACUGCACUGGUUUGGUUGAGGAAGGAGCUGAUGGAGAUGCGCUCUCAGGACCAAGCUUUGAUUCGCCAGCUGAUGGAUCUCCAUGACGGCAUUCAGGAACUGAAGCAGGAGUGUGCAAAAGCCAUAGAAGAAGAGGAAGAGGAGGAAGAGGAAACUUGUUGGGACUCUGGGAGUGAGGGUGGGCGAAGCAGCAGUAUUUCCUCCUUCUCUGGAGAAAUGAGCUUUUACACUUCCAUCUACUCCUUUAGCACAUGUAUGAGCCCUGCUUCUCUUGCAGCCUACACACCCAAGUAGGCCUUUAGUAGACGCAGAUCUGUGCCCUGAAACCUCCA